UGCACAUCUUUCUCGUGUUUAUAUAUGUAUAUACAUUUUUUAUAGCAACAUAAUAUAGGCGCGUAUGAUAUGUAUAUAUAUAUAUAUGUGCUGUUACUACUAUUAUAACUAUUGCUCACACGCCCCGCGCUCCGGUUUCGGGUUUUUCUUUUUUCCGUACAUUGCACUGAUUUUUCCUUAGCAGCGUAUUUUGUCGUUUCAUCUCCAAAUACUUGGUUACCGCCUCGACUCCCGUUAUUACAUUCAAUUGUUUAUCGAUGAUUUAUUAAUAUCGUUGUUAAUUUUUAUCCGUAUCCAACCGCUGCUCCUGUUAUAAUAUACACUACGCGAACAAAAGUGAAGUAAUAUAGACGUGCCUCUCUCGUCACAACAUAAGUUUUGUGCGCAGAUGUCCGAGUGUUUUGAUUAUCGACGUGUUUUUUGUUUACACGGAUACGAUCGUCACCCAAGCUAGCGAUCAUCAUCGAUCGUUCGGCCAGCGUGUAUUGUACGAAGAUUCGCGUCUAUUAGCGCAAUAUAUACUUAUUAACCAGCAAUGAUGCAAACUCAUACAAGUCAGGUCAAUUCUCCAACGAAUACUCAAUCCUCCGGCAGCGUCAGUAUACGAUAUGAUCCUUCAUACCUACAUACUCUUCCAGGAAGACUCAAAAUUACCGAACUGGUACUGAAUGUUGUAGGUUUCAUUUUCGUUGUUGCGUCCAUUAUUAGCCAUCACGGUAGGUGUAGUUGGUUCAACACGGUUGCUAUGAUAGGAUUCUGGACUACUGGCAUAUUGCUUACUUUUUAUGUAUUUCAUAUUGUCGAAAAAUUCAACAGGAUUCCGUGGCUGAAAAUCGAAUUUAUUUUUUGCGCUAUUGAAACAGUUGGCUACCUGUUGGCCUCUGCCCUUAUUGCAGCUUUGGCAUCUAGUAGUGAAAGUCUAGGAGUGGCUGCGUUUGUCGGUUUCAUAUCCAUGUGUGUCUAUGGCUUCGACUGUUGGGAAAAAUUCAAAGCAAUGAGAAACGGUGAUUGGCCACAGGGACAAAAACCAUCGUGUAAACCUGUAUCGACAAUCAGUAGUUCCACUGCAUAUUAAAAUAAUUCUACCUGCAUACGCGAGCUUUCGAUACACGCUUUUAAUAAUAAUUUCUAUUAAUGUACUAAAAAAAUCAAGGAACAUGAAAUUUU